AGCCCCAAGAUAUUUAUGAUCCACGGCCCAUCUCUAGAAAGAUACAAAUACAGUCUCUCGACGACAACAAAAAAAAUAAUCACAGAUAUUUCUAGGGUUUCUACACCAACAGAGACACUAAAAAAAGAAAACUGCGUUUUUAUUUGACAUAGAGAGAAAGAAAUGUCUGGAAAGGAAGAGAAUCGAAUAUUUGUUGGAGGUUUGUCAUGGGACAUCACUGAACGACAGCUCGAAAAUGCGUUUGAUCGAUUUGGAAAAAUCGUCGAGUGUCAGGUGAUGUUGGAAAGAGAUACGGGCCGUCCGCGUGGAUUUGGAUUUAUUACAUUUGCGGAUCGUCGAGCCAUGGACGACGCUAUCAGGGAGAUGCAUGGACGGGACUUUGGUGACCGUGUCAUCUCGGUGAACAAGGCCCAACCUAAAAUGGGAGGGGAUGAUUCAGAUCAUGGCUACAGAGGAGGCUACUCGACUGGCAGCAGAGGAGGCUAUGGGGGAGGAGACAGGCCUGCUGGACAAGAUGAGUGCUUCAAGUGUGGGCGUUCAGGGCAUUGGGCUAGAGAUUGCCCUUCAGCUGGUGCCCGAGGUGGCGGUGGAGGUUUAUUAUCUUCACGUUCUAGGUUUGGAGGAGCUGGAGAUCGUGGGGAUCGUUUUGGUGGAGAUCGUGAUCGAUACAUGGAUGAUCGCUAUGAUGGAGGACGUUAUGGUGACAGGGAUCGUUUUGAAAGUAGAGACAAGUAUGGGGGGCGUGAUCGCUAUGCUAGUGACAGGUACCCACCACCCAAUGGAGAUCGAUUUGCUGGAGAUAGGUACAGUGGGUCAGAUCGCUAUGCACAGAAUGGCUAUGGCAAAGACAGGGGCUAUGAUAGGGAUGGUGGUCCACGAGGGGGCAAUGAUAGGUAUGGAAGUGGAGGGCCAUCACGCAAUGAUAGGAGCUACAAGAACAGGCCAGGACCUUAUGACCGCCCUAGCAGGGGAGGACGCCCAUCUUCCUUUGAGCGCUACUAAUUGUUAGCUUGUGAUCAGUGUCAUCAAACUUGUAGGUCUCUGUCGUAUUUUAUUUAUCCAGUUUGAACAGGCUGUAAUGUCGGGUGGAUGGUCUGUGUUUAAUUCUCUAUCCGGCAAGUGUCAUGUAGGACGAUGUAAUUGAUAAGAAAUGGCAGUGCUGGUGCUGAUGCUGAUUUUUUUU